AUGACCGACAAAAUUAAAAUACUUAUACAAAAGCGGACAUCGGUAAAGUCACAAAUCACGAGCUUAAAUAAUAUCCUCGACAAAGGUGAAUUGGAUCAUAUUGCUGUAAGGUUCCGAAUGAAUCGUUUAACGGAAUUAUAUCGCGCAUUCGAGGAUCAUAAUGACGAAUUAGCGGUGUUAGACUCAGACGAAAGACAUCAAACUGAAUUUACGAAUUUGCAGGAUCGAUAUUAUUCACUCGCGAGUAGAGUCGAAACCAUAACACGCGCGGCCGACGUCGCGGAAUCGAGUACCAGUACGUCGACCGGGGAGAGUCGAAACAGCGAUGCGACGCUUUCUACAUCGGUCAAGAAACGACGGAUAAAACUGCCCGAUGCGCAUUUGCCGACAUUCGAUGGCAAAUACGAAUCGUGGCUAUCGUUCAAAAACACCUUCCACAAUAUGAUAGGGUCGCAAACCGAUCUUUCAGAAAUUGACAAAUUACAUUACCUCAAAUCCGCAUUGACAGGCGAGGCUGCGAGUAAAAUACGCAUUUUCGAAAUAGAUGGAAUAAAUUAUUCGAAAGCUUGGGAGUUACUCGAACGUGCAUACGAGGUGAAACGCGUUCUGAUUUCGCGACAUCUGUCGUUGCUCUUUGGCUUGCCGACGUUAGAUAGAGAAUCGACAACCGGGCUAUCUAAACUCGCGGACGAUGCACAGCAGCAUGUGGCAUCGUUAAGCGCACUAGGAGUCAGCGUCGGGUCCGAAGUAGUCGUACAUACAUUAGAAAGUAAAUUGCCAAAGAGCGCAUUAGAGCGAUGGGAAACCAGUCUCGACAGGGAUGAAUUUCCGAAACUCGAAUUUAUGUACGAAUUUUUGUAUAAAUCCGCGGUCUGCGCGUCGAAACGAGAGAGAGCGAAGGCGACAGAAUCUGAAAGGAAUAAGAUCGAGCCCUCGAUUAAGAAGAAACGCGUUUCCGUAGCAAACCAGGUGUUUAUGCUGAACGCAUCGCGUAAUUGCGUGAUAUGCAAGAAUAAACGACAUCCUUUAUAUCUAUGCGAAAAAUUCAAACUUCUUUCCGCACAAAAACGGAUCGACGUAGUCAAGAGUGCGAAGCUGUGUUACAAUUGUUUGCGGUCUCACAGAGGUAGCGCUUGCAAAUUCUCUAGUUGCACGAUCUGUCAAAACCGGCACAAUACGCUCUUGCACAUCGAUGGUUUUGCCGGGGCGAAUAAAUCCAACAUAACAAAUUCAGCGUCGGAAAAAACCGAAUGA